AUGUUUGACGUUCCGUCCCCGAGGAUCAGGGCGCUGCUGGUCGACGCGGCCGGCACGCUGCUGAUCCCCAGCGAACCGGUGACUGAGGUCUACCUGAGGGCGGCCGCGAAGCACGGGGUCAAGAUCCAGCUCAGCGAGCGCGAGGUGCUGGACAACUUCCGCCGCGCCUACAACAUGCCAUGGGGCGGCAGCAGCCUGCGGUACGUGGACGACGCCCGCCCCUUCUGGCGCCGCGUCGUGGCGCUGUCCGUCGGCUCCACCAACCAGGCCGUCUUUGAGGACAUAUACCAAUACUACUCCGAGGGCCGCGCCUGGACGCUCGCGCCCGGCGCCGCCGCCGCGCUCUCGCGCCUGCGGGCGUCGGGCGUCAAGCUGGCGGUGUGCAGCAACUUCGACACGCGGCUGCGGCCCGUGCUGCGCGCGCUGCGGGUCGACCACCUCUUCCACGCGAUCGUCGUGUCCGCGGAGGUGGGCGCCGAGAAGCCGUCGCCCAUCAUAUUCGAGGCGGCCGUGCAGCAGCUGGGCGUCAAGGCAUCUGAGUGCAUUCACGUUGGUGACGACCGCCGCAACGACGUCUGGGGUGGCAGGGAUGCCGGCGUGACCGCCUGGCUGUGGGGGCAGGACGUCCAUUCCUUCGACGAGGUCGCGCGCCGCGUGCUGCACAUGCAGCAGGCGGGGCUGUUUGCGUCCUGGGAGGAUGACGAGUGA